GCCGGGCGGGACCUGCGCCGACGCGGAGUCGGAUGCCGUGAGGGCGCCAGGGGGCGCCGGGAGUGGGUACCGCCGGGCGGCCGCACGCGGGACUGGGGGCUGGUUUGGGGACGGACCGGAAGUGCCUAAACUGGGCGACAGAGUGGUCAGUUUCAGUCACCCGGCUUAGGUCUGGGGAGGGUCGGUGCGAGGCCGCGGCUGCAGGGGGACGGCGGUCGGCCGCUCUGAGCACCUGGGGCCGCCACCACCCGCGGACCAUGUUCCUGGUGCGCCUGACGUCUCGGCUGCUGAGGGCUGUUCCUCGCGCAGGUUGCGGUCGGCCGUGGCCUAUCUCAGGGGUCCUAGGCAGGCCUUGCUACAGCACACGGCCAACAGGCCCAAGUGGAGUUGCCUCCGUCCCUGGCAAGGGGCUCCAGCUGGAGCUUGAGGAGAUGCUGGUCCCCAGGAAGAUGUCCAUCAGUCCUCUGGAGAGCUGGCUGACCGCCCACUACCUCCUACCCAGACUAGAUGCCAGGACCCCAGGGACCGUGGCACCAUCUCAGCUCUAUGAGUGUCCACCUAGCCAAGUGGAAGGGGCUGAGCAGGGGAUGGAGGAGGUCUGGGAUGCACCCCAGGUGCAGUGCAAAAACAUACUGAAGAUUCGCCGGCGGAAGAUGAAUCAUCACAAGUACCGUAAACUGGUCAAGAGGACCCGGUUCCUGCGGCGGAAGGUCCGCGAAGGACGCCUGAAACGGAAGCAGAUCAAGUUCGAGAGAGACCUGAGGCGCAUCUGGCUGAAGGCGGGCCUGAAGGAAGCCCCUGCGGGCUGGCAGACCCCCAAGAUCUACUUGAAAGGCAAAUGAGUCCAGUGCUCCUCUCCCCCACCCCUGUUGCUGCUGAUGACCCACUGUAAUAAAUGUUUAGGAACUUA